UUAAUCUGGCUUCCUGCACCUGCUUUGUUGCUUUUCUCAAUAUCUCUGUAUGUUUGUUUGCCAAGUCAUCGAAUUUCCGAUAAGCCUCCUCUGGAGAUGUUUGCUGAGUUAUCAGCGCAUCCAAAAAGUCAUAGAGAUACUUGAAAAUAAAUCACGUAGCAUUUUAGAUCAGUCAUAUUCACAGAACGAAAAUCCCCCGAACCCUUAAGUCCUCUAACUAGAGGACUUAAAUAUUUCAAAGAUUAUUUUGUAUACAUUCCUCGCUAGAGCAGCCAUGUUGUUUACUAUUGUGCGCGUAGCUAGUUACACUAACCUAGAAUGGUCAAAGUUCGGGGGAAAAUGGAAUGACAGAAAUGUGCAUGAAUGAAUAAUUAUUGAGGAACGUGUGAGGUCCCGGUGGUGUGUACUAGAUAAUCAAUUUAUACCGUUCGUGAUCGUGGAAGUGAACAGAUAGAAUGACAAGCUGUGAACUUAAUCAGAUAUUUCUUGGGGAAGUAGCUGCUGUACAAAACUAUGGAGCAUUUAUCCGAAUACCAGGAUGCACUCAGCAGGGGCUUAUCCACAAGUCACAGGUCAGUGCCUUCCAUGUGGACGAUGUGGGCGAUGUCUUACAGAGGGGCGAAAGGGUCUGGUGUAAAGUUAUAUCAAUUAGUGACGAAGGAAAGAUCAGCUUAUCUAUGAAAUUGGUGAACCAAGGAAAUGGGACAGACUUGGACCCCAAUGGUGUACAGCUUCAGAAAGAUGAACAGAAACGAAAAUCGGUGGUCCAUGGUCAGAGGAAAGCCAUCCAGCUCCAAGCAGUGCUUAAUACAACUUGUGGCAAGUGUGGAACUCAUGGGCAUCUCUCUAGUGAUUGUUUCAUGAGCCCGGAUGGGAAGACUUAUGAACUCCUACCUGAGAUUGAAGAGGAAAAAGACACAGAACAAAAAGGAGCUACACUGGCAGUGGUUGCCGAUAGAAAUGACGACAAGAUCAAAAAACAUAAAUCGAGCAAGAGGUCAAAAAAGAAAUCUAAAAAAUCAAAGACUGUGAGUGCAUCAACUACCGAUAGCAGCGACGAUGAUGAAAAUCUGGGAAAAAAAUCUGCCAAGAAGAGAACCAAGGAGAAAAAGAAGAAAAAAGAGAAAAAGAAGAGCAGAAGUAGCUCUUUGCAAACAUCGGGAAGCAAAGAUGAAGGUAAAGUGAGAAAACGAAAAAGUUCUGAUCAUGGGACAAGAGAAAGGUGUAAAAAGAAAUGUUAAUACUCGAGUAUCAAACAAUAAACAAAGUAAUUUUAAUAUUAAAA